UCGUUUCGACGGUUUCCUGCCUGCUCUCGGUUUUGCUUGCCCUGGCACGCUCAUACUCUCACGGGACAUAGCUUGCUGUCCCUCAGAUGCGUCUUCUGGGCUUGAAGCUACUCACUCAUGUUCGUAGUCCGGAUUUCUAGGUCCAUGUAGUACUAGAAAUUUUCCGAUUUGGUGCGGUGUAGCGAUGGCGGGGCGUGAGCGAGUUGGGAGCAGGGUUGCCGUUGUGGAGUUCGUUGCGGUGUGAGAUGUUUUCGUGAUUAUGGCAGCAAUGGCGGAGACAGUAGGAGAAAGGAAGGUGGCGGACGGGCAAGCCCCCUUUUUGGACCAGCUGUCCGCUCGAGGUUUCAAUGCUGAAGCUUCGGAUGUCGCGGAUUCUUCUAAACCAGCAGUACAUGAUUUGCCAAAAUUGCAACCCUGUGGAACUCCCAAGGAACAGGACAAUUCAGCAAUGCAGAUUUCCAUAGCCGCUGCUGACAGUGUAGAGAUGAAGGCACUACAGCAUGUUGUGGAGUCUCUCGAGACUAGACUACAAGAUGCAUUGAUGCAGGCGAUAUUGCAAGUUUUGGAGUCUUUAGGAAAGGAAGCAGCUGCCCGAGUGAUCAUGGCUGAACGCAAGGCAUCAAUUAUGGAGCAGGAGCACAUCAGCACUAAACAGCAGGCUCUUGCGAUGAUACUUCGUAUGAAACACAGUUCCGAUUCGAUGCUUAUUGAUGCUGAGAAGAGAUUACGUUCAGAACAAAGACGAUCGCAAGAAUUGGAUGCUAAAGUUAGCACUCUGCAAGACAAAAUUAGACGGAUGCAAGCAGAAUUGAAGAGAAAGGGGGACAUUCUGGAGGAGAUUCAAAGACAUUCAGACGUUGGGAUCAGAUCAGGGAUGACGAGUCCUAGCGAAGGAGUUUCCAAGAAGCGAAAAGGAAAUCCUCUCGUCAGGCCCAUUGAGGUGAAAGCCAGUCAACGAUGCGAUGAAUUUGUUGAGGACGAGUGUGACGAUACUGCCACCGUUUUGACACCAUCAACUGAACAACCCAAUUCAGUUCUUAGUCAGGAUAUAGUUCAGACCACCCCCCGGAACUCGUCUGUGCAGGAAUGUUCUCGGGCUGUUCCAAUGAUCAGCAUGCAAAGGUCACCAACAUCGUUGCGAAGACAUGGUGAUGAUGGAAAUGUACCAAAAUUUGUUGACAAGGAAUUCAAUUCUCAAGCCGGUAGUACUGUGGAGCAAACGAAGACUUUAGUCGAGUCUAAGGGCACUCGCGGAAAAUGUAGAGACGUUGAGGAAGAUUUAGAUUCAAGUGAUCAGCAUGACAGCAGUAUGGAGGGCCCAUCCCAAAAUGCUGAAAAGAAGGCUCGUCUCACACAUGAUUCUUCAGCUAACGGUGAAGAGAUGGAAGUCAUGGCUGAUGGCUUUCUAGGGCUUAUUGCUUUGCAAGGAGCCCCACCAAUGAGCACGCCUGAAUUGCAAAAUGGCGGUAGUGUUUCAGGACUCAAGUUAGAGCAACAAGCUGAGACAGACACUAACUCUUCGACUGAUGAUGAAGAUGAAUACCAAUCCAAGCAGGGAAAUGCGGAUCAGAAUAUGCAACUCAAAUCUGACGAAGUUUCUGUUCACCACAAGGUUCCAGGGUAUACGAGUGAGAGAUUGUCAAAAAGUAUCUUAAUUGAACCGACGAUGGUACUCAGACGCAGCUCUACUGGGAGGAAUAGGGGUAAACAAUCAUUAUCCCCUGAGAAACCAGGAGUUCUUGCGGUGAAAGAGAAGGAAUUGAAGACACCUGGAGACACGAAAGGAGUCGAAAGUACUGUAUCGGCAAAAUCAAAAGGUGGUGUAGUGCAUGGUUCCAGCAAUUUAGUGGUGGAGUCUUCACGAGACAGCCGGCGUCUGAUGCAAGGUGCCCGCCAGUUGCUAUCUCUGCGGAAACUUUGAAAGGCUGGAAAAUAGAUUCCUUAUUGGCAGUGAUAAUUUUGAGUGUUGAUAAUUAGAAGAUGAGCCUUGUGAAUAUGCGAAUUGUACAUCUCCAGUUUCUAUUUAUCUACAUUAAUCUCAAAUUUAAGUUUGUUCAGCUUUCUUUCAACACAGGAGUUUUGGAUAUAGCAACUUCGCACUUCAAUAAAUUCAUGGCAGAUUGCAUGAGUGCACAGUUGCCAUGCCUUAUUGCAUUUUAGUAGUGUUUUUUUUUUUUUUUUUUUUUUUUUUUUUGUUAAUUUUUAUAUUUAGUAUAGGAUCACUAGAAUUGGAAUUAGAUGGUGCACAAAACAUCGUUGAUUGUUAGUUGACAUUUAGCAUUAGUUGGGUGUGCAGAUUGUGCUUCUGGUACACAACAAUCGACCGGAGGCUAGACUGAACAUUAACAUGGCUAAACUUUUAUCUUUUAUGCUCAUACGUGUAGAACUGGAGAAGCUAUUAGAGGUUAAGUGCCGGUGUGCAAAUGUACAUUGGGUGGAAAUAUUUGUGAUAUUAUUUAUUUAUUGUAA